CACAUGGGAUCAACUUUCCCAAUGGCUCCAUCCGGAUUGGCAAUUCUGUUGGGCGCGGGCCCUGCUACCGUGAGUGAGUCUUUGGUCGGCUAACCUACUGUGCUAAAAGUUACAGGGUGCUGGUAUUGCACGCGUCCUAGCGGAUCCUGCUCGUGGAAACAUGGCCGUUGCUCUGCUUGCUCGACGCUCAGAGGUGUUGGACGAUAUUGCCAAUGGUCUCAAGUCGUCUCUUGACAAUCCAACUGUUGAAGCUUUCCCAUCGGACACCUCGCCUGAAUCGUUGAAGAAAGCAUUUUCGGACAUCAGUCAACAUCAAUCCUUCAAGGGUCUUAAAUUACGUGUUGCCAUCUACAACGUCAAGCACUCGACAAAGAAGCCUUUCCUCGACGAGACUUAUGAUCAGUUCACCGACUCCUUGGAGACUUAUGUUGGAGGUGCCUUCACAUUCGCACAAGAGUCGCUAAAGCGAUUCUUCAAUGACCACGGAGAGUCCACUCUGGCAGAAGGGUCCCCCAAGAAAGGUACUCUGAUCUUCACCGGAACUCUGGGUGCGCUGCGAUGCAAUGCGGAGUAUGCUGCCUACGGAGCUGGCAGGGCUAGUGUGAGGCAGCUUGCCCAGACGCUUGCUCGUGAAUUCAGUGCAAAAGGUGUACAUGUAGCACACUGCAUUGGCAAUGGCUCGAUAGAGGAUAAGGACGGUGAAGACCAGAAGACCGGAAAGAAGAUAUCUGCCGAAGCUGUGGGUAAGACGUACCUGUGGCUGUCAGAGCAGGAGCCAUGUUUGUGGACGCACGAGCUCGACAUGAGACCUGCUCAAGAGAAGUUCUAGUAUCGUUGUAUGCUACAGUUUUCCCCUUCGGGAGCAAUCAAGUACGACUAU